AUGCAGUCGAAAAUGUACUCUGCCGCGCUUGCCGCUCUGGCCAUCGCUUUGGUCGACGCUGCCGCCGUGUCCAAGAGACAACUUAUCACGUUCCAGCCUGGCGCGAUUGUCGGACCUACGAUCAACACAAACUAUGGAGAUCUUCAAGUGCUUGGCGGCGAGGCUGUUGCUUUCAGGGCUCUUGAUGAGAUCCGCAACGACCUUUUGAAGACUGGCACUCUCGUUACCCAGCUCAACAAGGCUACAUCCAUGAACGCGGAAGAUAAAAGAGUCCAGGCUGCUGCCGUCGUAUCCCAGGUCCAGCAAAACGCGCAAAGCAUCACUGGAAAGUUGGCCAACUUCACCUCUCUCAUCCAAGGCAAGAUUCCAACAACCCCAAACGUUGGAAACGUUGGUGGAGUUCCCAACCUCAACCUACCAACUCUCUCACUUCCUAACCUCAACCUACCAACUCUCUCAAUUCCCAACCUCAACCUACCUACUCUCUCAAUUCCCAACCUCAACCUACCUUCCAUCUCAGUUCCCAACGUCAACCUGCCUUCAGUUUCAGUUCCCAACGUGAACGUACCAUCCGCUACACUUCCCAACCUUGGUGCUCCUUCGGCUCCGGGAGUUCCCGCAGUCCCCGUCCCCCCAGUUGGUUCUGGCGCCCCUGGAGUCGGUAACGUUGGCGCUGUUCCUUCUUUUACCGUCCCUGCUCUCCCCACCUCGACCUCGAUCGCUAUUGGCACCAUUGGUGGCGUUGUCGACCGUCUCGAUGCUCUGGUCUCCCAAGCGCACACCCUGAACAACCAGGCUAGAACCCAAGUUAGCUUGAUUGGAAGCUUCCUUGAGACCCUUCUCACCCCUCUUUUGGGUACCGUCAAGGGCAGCUCGUCCAGGGAUAUCGCCAACUCCUUCAAGCAGAUUUCCAGCUCCCUCGACAGUUUUUUCGGUGUUCUUAGCACCCUCGCUACCAACGGCGGUGUCGGCAGUGCUCAAAGCUACAUCAAUCGCAUCAAUGAGGCCCGUGGCAACAUUACCCCCGCUUUGGUUGCCGGUAUCAGCGUUGACGUUACCGUCUGA